AAAACUCGAGAGAAGAAGAACACCAAAAGAAGAAGAAGAAGAUCUGUGCGCCGAAGAAAGUCAAACAAUUUUUUUUGUUGUUUGCGUUGUUUUUUAGUCAUCAAACUGGAGACCACAGGACAAGUCGACUGAACAGAAGGAGGGAAAGCGCGUUAUGGCUCUGGUUUAAAAGCAGCGGCUGGAUUUGAAAAGCUGUUCGUGGAUUUCGCUGUGGAUUUAUUGUGUUAAUAACAUUCCUGUAAAUUACCGUCGAAGACAAGAGGAGGUACAUUUCUGUCCAAUACAAACUGUCGUGACUAAGUUUUGAAGCAAGCAGGAAUAUCUGGAGGAGUAUCAUCUGAACUGAGAUCUGCUGCUGUGAAGAUGGAGUUUGUUAAAGAAGAGAAUGAAGAGAUCACAAUUGAACCAGAAACCCGGAGAAUAAAACACGAGGAACCAGAAACCUGGAGAAUAAAACACGAGGAACAAGGAGGCCUGAUGAAAAUGAAAGAAGAAAGACGAGAUCUGAAAGAGGUGGAUGAGAAAUAUCAGGAUCAGAACGAUCAUGAUGUCGAAGAAAAAUCAGUGAGUUGCAGCAUUGAAAAAACAGAAGUCAAAAGGCCUUUCAGCUGCUCUCAGUGUGGAAAGAGUUUUACACAGAAAAGACACCUUAAGAAGCAUUUGGUAACUCACUCUUCAGAAAAGCCUUUCAUCUGCUCUCAGUGUGGAAAGAGUUUCAUGUGUAAAGCAAACCUUAGGAAUCACAUGUUAAUUCAUGCUGGGAUAAAACCUUUCAGCUGCUCUCAGUGUGGAAAGAGUUUUACACAGAAAGGACAACUUAAGAAUCAUUUGGUAACUCACUCUUCUGAAAAACCUUUCAGCUGCUCUCAGUGUGGAAACACUUUCAUUUGUAAAGCAAACCUUGAGAACCACAUGUUAAUUCAUACUGGGAUAAAGCCUUUCUCCUGCUCUCAGUGUGGAAAGUGUUUUACAUAUAAAUCAUCCCUUAAUAGGCACAUGUUAAUUCAUGCUGGGAUAAAGUCCUUCAUCUGCUCUCAAUGUGGAAAGAGUUUUACACUGAAAGAACACCUUAAGGGUCAUUUGUUUACUCACACUUCAGAAAAACCUUUCAGCUGCUCUCAGUGUGGAAAGAGUUUUACACAUAAAUCUAUGCUUAAGAGGCACAUGCUAAUUCAUACUGGGAUAAAGUCCUUCAUCUGCUCUCAAUGUGGAAAGACUUUUACACUGAAAGAACACCUUAAGGGUCAUUUGUUUACUCACACUUCAGAAAAACCUUUCAGCUGCUCUCAGUGUGGAAAGAGUUUUACACAUAAAUCUAUCCUUAAGAGGCACAUGUUAAAUCAUACUGGGUAGAAGUCCUUCAUCUGCUCUCAAUGUGGAAAGACUUUUACACUGAAAGAACACCUUAAGAUUCAUUUGUUAACUCACACUUCAUAAAAGACUUUUAUCUGCUGUCAGUGUGGAAGGUCUUUGACAAAUAAAGGAUACCUUGAGAAUCA